CGGCGGCAGCGGCUGGACGGCAAGAGAGAAGGGCCGGCGCCGCCGCAACGGGGGAGCGGGCGCGAGCGCGAGGGAGUAGCCGCCCUGGUCCGAGGGACCCGACGUGACCGCGCAGACGAGAGCCGGUGCCCAGGCGGAGCCUUCGGGCAAGAUGUGGUGGAGAGCCAUACAACUGCAGUGUUAUUUUCUUUUAGUUACAUGUCUCCUGACUGGUUUAGAAGCUGUGCCUAUAGACAUAGACAAGACAAAAGUAAAAGAUAUUCCUAAUGUGGAAGGAGAAAAAAUAGAAACUCCAGAUACUGGACUAUAUUAUGAUGAGUAUCUCAGGCAAGUGAUUGAUGUGUUGGAAACAGACAAACAUUUCAGAGAAAAGCUCCAGAAUGCAGACAUAGAAGAAAUCAAGAGUGGGAAACUAAGCAAAGAACUUGAUUUAGUAAGUCACCAUGUCAGGACAAGACUUGAUGAGCUAAAGAGACAGGAAGUGGCAAGAUUAAGAAUGCUAAUUAAAGCUAAAUUGGAUUCCAUUCAAGACACAGGCAUAGAUUACCAAGCUCUUCUGAAACAGUUUGAGCACCUAAAUCAUCAAAAUCCUGACAAGUUUGAACCAACAGACUUAGAUAUGUUAAUCAAAGCUGCUACAAGUGAUUUAGAAAACUACGAUAAGACUCGCCAUGAAGAAUUUAAAAAAUAUGAAAUGAUGAAGGAGCAUGAAAGGCGAGAAUAUUUGAAAACAUUGAAUGAGGAAAAAAGGCAUGAAGAAGAAUCUAAAUUUGAGGAAAUGAAGAAAAAACAUGGAAAUCACCCAAAAGUUAACCACCCAGGAAGCAAAGACCAAUUAAAAGAGGUAUGGGAGGAGACAGAUGGACUGGAUCCUAGUGACUUUGACCCGAAGACAUUUUUCAAAUUGCAUGAUGUCAAUAGUGAUGGUUUCUUGGAUGAGCAAGAAUUAGAAGCCCUGUUUACCAAAGAGUUAGAGAAAGUAUAUGACCCUAAAAAUGAAGAGGACGACAUGGUAGAAAUGGAAGAAGAAAGGCUUAGGAUGAGGGAACAUGUUAUGAAUGAGGUGGACAUUAACAAGGACCGGUUAGUGACUUUGGAUGAGUUUCUAAAAGCUACUGAGAAAAAAGAAUUCUUGGAGCCAGAUAGCUGGGAGACACUGGAUCAGCAGCAGCUUUUCACAGAAGAAGAGCUGAAAGAAUUUGAAAAUCACAUCUACGAACAAGAACACAAGCUCAAGCAGAAGGCAGAAGACCUCCAGAAGCAAAAGGAAGAGCUCCAGCGUCAGCACGACCAGCUCCAGGCCCAGAAACACGAAUUCCAGCAGGUGGUACAACAGAUGGAACAAAAGAAAUUACAACAAGGAGUACCUCCAGCAGGGCCAGGUGGAGAAUUAAAAUUCCAGCCACCUGGGCAGCAGCAAGAGGAGAAUUCAGAAAAGCAUUCUCCAGGCAGUGACCACCUUCAGCCUUUGCCACCACAGCAUGUUUCUCCUCUUCAGGAAGGAGCAGCCAUGGCUGAACAUGUUCAAAUUCACCCUUAACCACCUCGUGCCUCAACUUUAUACAUUUUUGGUUCAUUUUUUUUGUUUGUUUAAAAAGGAAGACUAAAGUGGAUUAAGAAAUUAAAUUUAAAAUGUCCUAUUUCUUGCCUCUACUUGUAGCAUCAUCAAAAAGAUAAUUGUAAUUUUGUUUUUAGCAACAUUUUAAGGCAAUCUACUUCAUUAUCUCCUGAAAAAUGUGAGGGGAGAGAAGGUUACUAAAAAUCUAGUUCCCUUUUUGGACUCCCUUUUCUGAAGGCAAAUUUUGCUGGCUGGGGGGAUAAGAUCCCAUUAAAACAAAACAAAACAAAAAAACCUGGAGUUACCUGUGAAUAAUAAUCUAUUCUCAGGAGAAUCCCAGAACUAACCUAGAACAUAUGUGUAUGGCUUCAACAAAAGAUGAUCGAGAACCUGGAUCCAAGGGUCAAGUUUUUCCAUUUCUAGCACUGCCAAACUGCUUGUUGUUUCUGAGACCAAAAAAGUACCCCUCAAAACAAAACUUGGGAACUUCAGCUUUGAUUUUUUUUAAUUGCCUCGAAGAGUUAUGCAGAACAGUAAUGAUCAUUCAUGUUUACAUACCCUUCAGAUUCUUACUAUGAAAAGCCUUUAGCAUAAAUAUUUUUGCUAACUUUAGUUAUAAUGAAGGUAAAUGCAUUGUACCAGCUCUGUUAUGGGCCAUCAAUUUACAGUGUUGUUUUUCCUGCAUAAUAGCCUUCCUAAGAGUCUUUAAAACUCUGCAUGUUAUUCAAAUGAUAAUUUUUAUUGAAAAAAGAUAUCACAAGAAAUAACAUUGGAGCUUUUUGUGCAGAUUUGCCUUUCUGCAUUCAUUGUAUAUUUCCCUAAAUUUUCUGUUAUUUAAAAUGAUAAAUUUCAGUGUUGAUCGUGGGUAGUUGGUGGGCUUCUUUUCUUUAUUUAAUUGAUACAAUUUGACUCCUUACUGGAUUAUUUUUUUUGCUUUGAUAGAAACAAUUCAUUUUCCUCAUACUUUACCACAAGUUAAUGGCUUAUCUGUGUACUUGACAAGUGGGAGAAGAAAUGUAAUUCAUCCUGGUUCUGUGAAAUAUUCUUCAUAAAUCAGUUUAUCCAAAUUCUGUUGGUUUUUCUUGGUCUUUAAUUUUAAUCAUCUUUUUGAAAGAUGGUGCCAGAGUUGUACAUGCCAUUUUUAUUAGUAGUACCUUGAUUUUCUUGUGUUUCUCAAACUUCCUACCCCAAACUCCCUUUUUAAUGUUAGGGCAGUAAGUUACUGAAUUACUAGAGAAGUAGCUUAUUUGUGAUUAUUAUGUCUUUUUAUAUGAAUACCUGCCAUUCUGCUUCAUGUUUUAAGCAUCAUUUUGUAGUAGUUUUGUUUCCUUUUUGUUAAACAUUGAUUUUAAAACUUUAGGUAUAUUUAAUGUUAUAGGAGAAAACAUAACAUAUCUGUUGAGACUCCCUUCUUUGGCUUGAAUUUUUCCUAGAUGAAUUAUAUUUUUGUUUCCUGUCUGCAUUUCUUUCCUCCCUUAGUAUAAGUUGUUUUUGUUUUCACUGGCAUUUGCAUUGUUUGAGAGGUGAAGUUGGACUUGGGAAAAGAAAAAAGCUUCCUUGAAGAAGUCAUCAUAUUACUCUUGCCAAGCCAGAUCAGUAGGCAGGAUCCUUUCCUGUAGGGUGGCCUUUUGGAUUUCUGCACCUUGCCAUAGGGAAGAGUGUUCAUCCUGCAGAGAAAUCUCUAACUUGAUACAUAAGACUAGAUAUCAUGGGGAAAUCUAAUGGGGGAAGGUGGGAACCCAGGGGCACCAAUACCUUCUUGCACCAUAGUGUAGUAAAGACCCUAAUGAGUAGAUGUGUCUUGUCCAAUUCCUUGAUGGUUUUUACUCCAUUAAAAUAAUAAUAGUUAUAAAAACAAACCAGAGCCCAUCUCCCACCCUUGGUGUAUGAUAGCAAAUAUUUUCCACCUCUUUAAUUGGUGAUAAGGGACUACAAAUCUUUUUAUAAUAUAAAACCAUGCCCCUAUAUUGGUGAGGUAAACCUAAUUCACUUUUUUUGUUGUCAUUGUUGCUGUUUUAAAAAGACUUGAGCCCUUUUCCUGAUUCGUUGCUUUCACUCCCCAGGCAAUAUAAUAAAGUUCUUUCCCUUCUGUGACUCCUGUCAGUUUUCCCAAAUUCAGUUUGCUUGCCUUUCCCUGGUUUUUAGACUGUUUGCAGGACAUCCUACCAGUCUCUAGGAAAGAGCA